AUGGCCCCUGGAGGCAGCGAGAAGACCAGGCAACAGUUGCCCAAGAGACUACAUCAGAUCAAGAUCAAAACUGGUAUGGUGAAGCAAUUGAUCAAAGAAAAAGUGAUGCAUGAAAAAGAAGCUAAACAACAAGAAGAAAAGUCUGAAAAAAUGAGAACUGAAGGUAGUGAAAACUAUGCCAUUAAAAAGCAGUUAUUAGAAACUGAAAAAGACUUGGAAGAGGCUGAGGAAUAUAAAGACAUUUCAGUACUGGAUUGAGUGAAGUUAGAAGCCUGAAAUUUAUCUAUACAGGGUGUUUUUGCCAUUAAAUCCUGGGAUCCAUUCCACAAUUAUUACUUUUGACCACUCUGCAUGUUGAAGUAGUAUGAGAAUAUGAUACUUCUUAUGCCAUUGCAUAUAUUUUUCUUAGCCCAAUUUAACAUGUCAAAUAAGUGUUUGUCUAAUUUAAAAACUUCUUACAAUAACCAAUUAAAAAAAAAUCUUAGGAAAACAGAAAUCAAGACAAGUGAGGACUGUAGGACUGUAGAUAAACUGACUUGACUUCAGCUGUGACUUCAGCCCCUUCUCUUUAUCCUCCUUUGUCUAAUUAUGCUGGACCUACUAACCACCAUUCUCAUUUAUUCUUUUACUUGGAAGAUGAGGAAUAAAAGAAAGCUAGACAUAAGCCUUUUGACAGUAGGCACUCCACACACUGUGACAUUCUGAUCACUGCCACAUUUAACUCAUGGUUAAAGACAAAACUCAGAGCCAUAAUUAUUCAUAGAAGAACUCAGAAUUCUUUGGGGUGUAUAGGAUCCAGGGUUACCUGACCUAUAUCGGCUUGUCCACCUGAUGGGCUCAACCUCAGAUGCUAAAUCCUGGCCAAAUAGGCCUAAGA